AUGCUUAUAUCAGUCGGAAUAGCCAUCCAAGCAGUGUUGCUGGGAUUAUCACUCUUUACAGUUAUCCUUCGCUGCUGGACCAGGCUUUACUAUGAGAGAAAGAAGCUCUCUCUUUCUGAAUACUUUGCAUGUAUGGGCUGGAUCUUCGCUUUGGGAUGGUUCACAACAUCGACACUCUCUAUGCUCAUUUUGGUCCGUCAUUCUCCAGAUGGCCCAGAUGGUCUUAUCCCCAGUGUCGAAUAUCAGAAGAUAGUCUGGGUAGCCGAAUACUUCUUUGACACAGGAAUCUACUGGCCGAAACUCUCUAUCCUCGCCUUCUAUUGGUAUCUUAUACCGGAUGUGUUCCAAUCUUUGAGAAUCGCCCUAUAUGCAAUAACGGCGUACCUGGUUUCUUGUAUGACAACAUCUAUUCUACUCAACACUCUCAUAGCGAGACCUAUAUCAGACAAUUGGUCUGUUGAGAACCAACUGAACUCCGCCUGGAACUCCGUGCCCAAUUUUCUCACUCAAUGGUGUCUGAACUUCUCGACGGAUCUGAUCUUGUUCUGUUUCCCAUUCUUCAUUCUCAAACAUCUGACCUUGCGCACUGAGCAGAAACUUGGUCUUGUCGGCGUCUUUUCCCUUGGUGCAAUUACCAUGUCAGCUAGCCUUGCCCGCUUCAUCAUCAGCAACGCAGCGGAUUAUCAGCUCGAUUACCCAUCUGGCAAUGCCCUCUGCAUGGCCGAAAUGGCGACUGCAGUUAUUGUUGUCUGCCUCCCUGGCCUGAAGAAAUUGAUCAUGCGAUCGAGAUCAUCUACCAACACGACGAGUCAAGGGUUCAAUUCGAACCAGUCAAGCUCAGGCCACUCUUCGAACAUGACGGCGUCGAAAUCGAGGACUGCAUCGCAGGCUUAUGCGGAAUGGGGUGUCAUGGACGAUGAGAUCGAGCUGCCUAGUCAUCCCCAAAAAUCUCAUUUGCCUGGAGAACUGCAGGAUGUGGGAAACCUGCUGUAG